AUGCUUGCCAUGGCUUCGCUCUGCCCCUUGUCCGCCGCGCCGACUUUCCCGCGCGCUCGUCGUGCCGCAAGCUUCAGGAGCCCCGCUUCCUGGAGCGGCCUCGCCGCGACCGCGAGCAAUGCCAGUGUCUGCGGCUGUGGACUUCUGCCCACCGGAGGCUACGCGAGGCUGCAGUCGCGGUUAAGGAGCCCCGUGCGCGCCAAGAUCGACGAGGCGGGCAAGGACACGGGCGCCGGUCUCGGCUUUCCCCCGCCCCGCCGCAGGAAGCUGCUCCUGCGCCUGCGGCCGCGGAUGCGCCUCCUGUGGUGGCGGCUCCGGCGGCUGUCGCCGCGGGAGCUCGCGGCCGACGCCGGGACCGCGCUGCGGCGCGCCGUCCGCCGCGUGCCCACCGCGGCCGCGGCGCCGGUCGUCCUGGCGCUGCUCCUCGCCGCCGCGCGGCUCGCGCUGCCCAAGAACGUGGCCCGGGAGGUGGCCUACUCGGACCUCGUCGUGGGGCUCCGCGAGGGCGCCGUGGCCGCCGUCGCGUUCGAGGAGGACUCGCGCCGUAUCUACUUCAGCAAGAAAGAUGGGGACGACGGCGGCUCCGACACGAGCGAGACCGGUGAGAGCGCUGCUGUGGCGGCGCCGAAGUGGCCGUACUACGCGCGGAGGGUGCCGCACGAUGAGGGCUUCCUGCUCGGGCUAAUGCGGGAGGGCGGGGUGGACUACCGGUCGGCGCCGCGGCCUGCUGGGAAGCUGCUGGUGGACAUGCUGAGCACGCUGCUCACGCUCUGGGUCUCGCUGGUGCCCAUGAUGUGGUUCAUACAGCGGCAGAUGUCUGGUGGGGGCAGUGGUGACAAGCGACGCAAACCGAGGAAGCAGAUGGUGGGCUUUGACGAAGUUCAGGGUGUAGAUGAAGCGAAGGAGGAGCUUGUUGAGAUAGUGAGCUGUCUGCAUGGUUCACUGAACUACAAGAAGCUUGGAGCAAAAUUGCCCAGGGGUGUUCUGCUUGUUGGCCCUCCUGGAACUGGGAAGACUCUGUUAGCAAGGGCAGUUGCAGGAGAGGCUGGAAUUCCUUUUUUCUCUGUUUCUGCUAGUGAGUUUGUUGAAGUUUUCGUUGGACGAGGUGCAGCCCGAGUCAGGGAUUUGUUCAAGGAGGCCAAAGAAGCUGCCCCAUCAAUCAUUUUUAUUGAUGAACUUGAUGCCGUGGGUGGAAGUCGAGGUAGAAGUUUUAAUGAUGAGAGGGACCAAACUCUAAACCAGCUGCUUACCGAAAUGGAUGGUUUUGACUCGGACAUGAAAGUUAUUGUCAUGGCUGCUACUAACAGGCCAAAAGCACUGGAUGCUGCUCUUUGUCGACCUGGCCGCUUCUCCAGAAAGGUUGUUGUUGGUAGGCCUGAUGUGGAGGGCCGCAAAAAGAUUCUGGCUGUUCAUCUAAGGGGUAUUCCUUUGGAAGAGGAUCCUGAAAUAAUUAGUGAUCUGGUUGCUAGAGUAACCCCAGGAUUGGUCGGUGCAGAUCUAGCAAACAUUGUUAAUGAGGCUGCUCUACUAGCUGCACGAAGAGGUCGAAAUACUGUGUCCCGGGAGGAUAUUAUGGAUGCAAUUGAGAGGGAGAAAUACGGGGUCAACGGGAGACAAGAAACUGAUGAUUCUGAAAGGCAAGGCCUCACCAAGUUAUUUCCAUGGCUACCUAAAUCUGGAAAUAAACCAUCAAGCCCUGAUGAUUUCCGAGGACUGAUGGGUUAUCAUACAUUAAGCUAA